UUUUUGUUGACGCGUCACAAGUUUUCCAAUUGGAAUCCGAUUUUACAUAAAUUUAAUUAAUUUUAACUAAAAGUAAAUAAAAUGGGCAGCGACUGGGAUGAGAUUAAACGCUUGGCAGCUGAUUUUCAAAAGGCUCAGCUAACGUCCACUCUUCAAAAGCUCUCUGAACGCAAUUGCAUUGAAAUUGUGACAUUGUUGCUGGAAAAGCAACUGCUGGACGUUGUGUUUACCAACGAUGGCAAGGAGUAUAUAACACCAGACCAUUUGGAGCGUGAAAUCCAAGAUGAGCUAUACACUAACGGUGGACGAGCCAAUCUUGUGGAGGUCAGCAAAGCUCUUAAUGUCGAUCUGUCCCGAAUUGAGACGCUGGCGGAACGUAUUGCGACUGAGAAUCCACAAAUACACCUUAUGCUGGGUCAGCUUAUCGAUGAGGACUACAUUACGCAUAUUGCACAAGAGAUCAACGAGAAAUUGGCUCAACGGGGCGAAAUAUCCAUAUCCGAUUUAACGUCACAGUUUGAUCUACCCUCGGACUUUCUGCAGCAUAAUGUGGUGGAGAAACAUCUGGGCAAGAUCAUCAAGGGUCGCCAGGAUGCAACGAAUCCGCGAGUGUUCUUCACUCAGGCCUACAUUCAACGUUGCAAGGCUAAAAUCCGUGGUGCUUUGGCAGCUAUCACUAAGCCGACGAAUGUUGCCAUUAUUCUACAGCAGAUUAAUGUGCAGGAGAAGAUCUUUCAUUCAUUAUUGGAUGAAAUUAAUCCAGCCGGUCAGGUCACCUCAAAGCUGGCCAAUGCUCAGUACGUGCCACAUAUUUACGCGAAGACACAGUCGGAUUGGGUCAGUUCAUUCUACAAGCAAAACAGUUUCCUAGAGUACGAGGCCAUUAACAAGCUGGGCAUAUCGGAUCCCAAGGCUUUUAUACGCAAGCAGUUCCCCAAUGAACAGUUCCUGUUCCUCAAGCGGGUUGCACUGGGCGCUCGCUUGAUUGAGUUGACUGUGGUCGCAGCUCUGAAUGAGUGCAGUGCCACUAAGCAAUAUCUAGACUUAUCCACCAUAUUACCAUCUAAUUUGUCAGAGGAAGACAUAGAGGAGGCUUUUGAUGCUAUAAUGGCACAGAAGCAUUGCAAUCCCAGCAAUUUUGUGUUUUUGGAUAGCAUUGUCUUCUCGCAGGCAUAUCUUACGCAACUGGUGCAACCAUGUCAGGAAAUGGCCCAGGCUCAGGCCAAGGCAGCCAUCGACACUGGCGUGUAUCAGCAGUAUAUUGUGGAGAAGACGUUGGCACAAAAGGGCAACACCAUGGCCACUUCUCACGACGCUGAUGAUGACAAGCUGGACAAGCGAGACGAACGUCGCAAAAAGGCGGCCUCUGGUAAGGCAGGUGGUGGAGCACAGGGUCGGGAAACUAAAACAAAAUCUACGAAGAAACAUCAACGUGGCCGGGCGGCUGCUCACAAUCACGACAGCGAGGAUGAGGAGGACACGGUGCAAUCAACCGCUGGCAGUAACCGUAAAUCUGGUAAACCUCUGGAGCUGGUCAAAACUUCAGAUAUAACAAAUCUAAUAAAAAAAACACUGGAGGAGGAGGGUCUGGAACACCUGGCUAAGCCAAUUGCUACACUCUUCUUAAACCAACUCAAUCAGACUGCUAUAGCCAAGGCCCAGGAACUGUAUGAGGCAACACCUCAAACGAAUCGACGUCAAACUCAUGCUGCCAUACAGGAACGUGUGAACACUUUGCUCGUGGACAUACGUCUUUACGAGAAGGGUCUGAAACUGUUCUCUAGCGACACACAAUCCCAAUUGAUCAAGUAUCUGCUUAAAUCUCUUGGCAAUGAUAUAUGCAAUGAACUGACGCUUUACGUGGCAGCCGAAUGCAAUCUGUCGGUGAAGUCAACAAACCUUAAUGUCGAUCAACGCAUCAAAUUGGUGCAAGAAUGCGAUGCACAGUAUCGCAACGCGUUAUUAGAACAAAAUAAAGCCUUGAACAAAAGCAUCGAUGACUUUGAGCUGGCAACUGAGGCUGUGCUAAAAACCUGCAGUAUGAUUGUAAAAAAAGUUGAUAAAAAAAAAGAUCGUUUAUUGAUUGUCAGCCACAAGGAGAAGCUGCUGCAACAGCUUUUGGAGUGCAAUGAACCAGCCCUAUUACUCCAUCUGGCUGCUCUGAUACUCUUCACAACAAUCACUGGUUGCAUUCUGCAUGCAUCGGGCAAAUUUGUCUCAGCUAUAUUGCAACACAUACGAAUCACUCUAAAUGAGCCACAAAAUGCGCUGUUGCUCCGUUAUCAUGACCUCGUCCUACAAUUGCUCCAACAAUCCUCGCCCGACAGUGCCGAAUCCAAAUCUGUAAACGAACAAUUACAGUCGCUGCAAACGGAGGUCGUUGAACUAGCCCAAAACUAUUCACGUGCCUCUGUCUCUAAGGCUGAUUAAAGGACAUUCUUAGAAAAAAAAUUUGGGCUUCCCAAAGCAUUAAAAAGCUCCGAUAGAAAUAACAAUAUGGUAAUGGUCUAGAAAUAAAUUGCAUCUUGGAAUUGUUAAGUAUUGUGUACAUAAUU